AAUUCACAAUCAACCACUAUUUCACUCGUUACUACAUGCAUUAACUCACUAUAUUGUCUGUGUAUGCGUAGAGAGAGAGAGAGAGAGAGAGAAUGGAGAGCUAGAGUAAGAGAAAGUAUGGCGAAAAGAUGUUCAUAAUUUUCUUUCCCAAUCAAAACCCAGAAUACGUACAUAGAUAUCUAAUGCAUUUACUGCAAAAGCAAAUAAAGCUGGUGUAUUUGUGUUUUUUGGUUCUAUAAAGACCAACCCUUUUCCUAUGUGUCUUUCAUCAUCACACCCCUUGCUCAAGAACCUCCAUUUCUUGAGCAUAAAAGAAAAAUUUGAACAGAACCAACAAAUUUUUGCAUAAGUUCUUCGAGUGUUCUUCUUGAUAUUUGAAGGCAACAUGCCUAAUAAAGCUUUGCAUUUAGUCUUUGGUGUCAUCGGAAAUGCUACCGGUUUGUUUCUCUUCUUGUCUCCAAUGGUUACAUUCAAGAGAAUUGUCAUGAAAAAAUCUACAGAACAGUUCUCAGGCAUUCCUUAUGUCAUGACUUUGCUCAACUGCUUGCUCGCAGCUUGGUAUGGUCUGCCUUUUAUAUCACCAGACAACAUCUUGGUAACAGCAAUCAAUGGCACUGGUGUACUAAUUGAGUCAAUUUAUGUGUUGAUUUUCUUCAUAUUUGCACCCAAGAAGGAGAAGGGAAAAAUCUUGGGUCUUUUCAUUUCCAUUCUUGCUGUAUUUUCAACGAUUGCAAUGAUUUCUGUUUUUGGGCUUCAUGAAUCCAAGAAAAGAAAGCUUCUCUGUGGCUUUGCUGCUUCCAUAUUCUCUGUAAUUAUGUAUGCGUCACCUUUAUUGAUCAUGAGAAUGGUGAUUAAAAGCAAGAGUGUGGAGUAUAUGCCACUCUUCUUAUCGUUGUUUGUCUUCCUGUGUGGUACUUCUUGGUUUAUUUAUGGACUUAUUGGAAGAGACCCUUUUCUGUUCGUACCGAAUGGAUUUGGGAGUGGAUUAGGAGCAAUGCAGUUGAUUUUAUAUGCGAUUUACCGCAAUAAUAAAGAUGAAACCAAUCAAACGAGCUGGAAUGAUACUUUGGAAAUGGGAAUUGGCCAGAAUUAUCAACAAAAGCAAUCAAAUGUUCUUAAUGGACACCCAUAAGAACCACCAACCCUAAACCUAAGUAGCACUUACA